AUGGGGGAAAACUAUGACUAUGAUGAUUACAACAACACAAUGGAUGGAAAUGAAACGGAUGGAUGUUUGGUCUCCAGCCUUCAUGAUUCCAACAUCUUACUGCCCGUGAUUUAUUACGUCAUAUUCUUCACAGGAUUUUGGGGCAACCUUUUCGUGAUAUCAGUGGUGGGAAGCAAAGCAAAGAAAAGUCGCCUGGUGGACACCUUUGUUGUCAACCUGGCUCUGGCCGACCUCRUCUUCGUCCUCACGCUGCCGCUUUGGGCCGUCUCUGCCAGCCAGAACAACAACUGGAACUUUGGACUGGCCAGUGACAUGCUGUGCAGGCUGAGCAGCUACGUCAUCGCUGUCAACCGYUACUCCAACAUCUUCUUCCUCACCUGCAUGAGCGUCGACCGCUACCUGGCCAUCGUGAAAAUGAUGGACUCCAGGUACCUCAGGAGCRGCCAGUGCAUCCGCAUCACCUGCRCCGGUCUCUGGAUCACCUCCCUGUUGCUCGGCAUCCCGUCUCUGGCGUUCCGACAAGUAGUGGUGUUCAACGAUGAGCAGGCCUGUCAGGAUGACACCAGCUCCAAGUUUUUCCUCGUCACCAACCUGGUCAUGUCGCUCCUCACCUUCAUCUUCCCCGUGUUGAUCAUCGUGCUCUGCUACGGGACCAUCCUCCUGCACCUCAACAGGCACUGCGUCACUGCUGGGAACCUUGGAGCCAAAGCCCGUCGCAGACACUCGCUGAAGAUGGUCCUCUGUAUCAUCGUGGCCUUCGUGGUCUCCUGGCUCCCCUUCAACAUCUUCAAAUCGAUAACGACAAUAUCGCAGCUCACCGACGUCGAGUUCGACUGCGACACUCAGUUCUGGCUGGUGAACGGGAGCCUGGUCUCGUGCUGCAUGGCCUUCUUCAACAGCUGCGUGAAUCCCGCCAUCUACUUUUUCCUGGACCACCACUUCAGGCGACGGGCGCAGGUGCUGUACAAUGCSUGCGCUGGGAAGCCAAAAAUGCUGCAGAGCUCCUCGGCUUCCUACACCAACGGAGCCACUUCAGAGAGCUUGCCCACAAACGGUGGGCGAUCUCAGCUUCACAUGUCUCAGUAG